AGUAAACAGACGUGCAGGAUGUCGCAAGGCGCUAAACUCCAGCUUUAAAAUAUGAAAUGAUAUAAACUCCCGGUGGCGAUAGAGACGAGGAUUUCAUUUAAAAAUCAUCAGACUACACAUUGAAGGCUUCGUUACACAACAAUGGCGACAGAGCGGCUGCCACAGCGCUGCGUUGAGCUAGCAUGCUAGGCUAAGUGCUAACUUUCCGGUGGGUGUCGGGAAAUGCGAGCGGGCUCCCGCGGUCAUGGCAGCGGGAGCAGGAGCCUCGAUCGGCGGAUCUCUGGAGGCGACUCUGGCCCGGAAGUUCCAAGGUGUCACCAGCACGAUGGACUCGAUCCAGGGGCUGUCGACGUGGUGCAUCGACAACAAGAAGUACCACAGCGUGAUCGUGCGCCACUGGAUGAGGUUCCUGAAGAAGUCUGACGCCCCGCACAGACUCAACCUGUUCUACCUCGCCAACGAUGUCAUCCAGAACUGUAAAAGGAAAAACGCCGUCGUGUAUCGAGCGGAAUUCGCCGAGGUGCUCCCGGAGGCCUUCGGUCUGGUCAACCAAGAAGGUGACGCCAAGGUGAUUAAUAAACUGGAAAGGAUACUGUCCAUCUGGGAGGAGAGAGGAGUGUAUGCAGGGACGCUCAUCUCCGAGCUCAGGAGUGGCUUAAUCAAGGAGGAGUCCCCGCCUGAGACGCCUGUGGAGCAGAAAACUCCAGUCGAGUCCAAAGCAGAUCUACAAUCCAAGGUUGUCGCAGAGUUUGUGCCCCAGGCGCUAAUAGACCAACUGGCCAAGUACAAGAAAUCCCUGGCGGAUCUGGACAUGAGGGAAAAACAGCAGGCGGCUAUGAGAGUUGACAUCUGCAGCUCUGAGGCUCUCAAGAAGCUCAAAGAUAAGGCCGGAGGAAAGAAGUUCUCCAAGGACUUUGAGGAAGGAAACACGCAGCUACAGGAGUUUGUCAAGUAUUUUGACAAACAAAGCAAAACAGGCCCUCCUCUCAUGGAGGCCCUCACCAACGCGGACAUCUUCUAUGAGAUGCAGUACAAGGAGGUCAAGAUUGUCGCUAAUGCCUACCAAACGUUUGCUAACCGCGUGUUGCACCUCAAGCGGAAGCUGGACUCCCUGAAGGCCACCUUACCCGACCUGGACGAGUCGCCCCUCCCCUCGCCGUCCGCCGACGCGCCGUCUCCCACCGGGUCCGAGUCGCCCUUCCACGGGAUGGACCUGGCCAACCCGGAUCCAGAUCUCGACGGCUCUGCCAUGGAUGACGAAGCAGAGCCGCCGGCCCCGAGUCCUCUGUCCUCACUGGGAGGAGGUUCCCCCAGAGACCCAGAGACCGUUGGACAGAAGGACAAUCGUGAGGUGGAAGACAUGGAGCUCUCUGAGGAGGAGAUUGAGAGCGGAGGCAUUAUAGUAGAGCAGCAGACAGAACGCCCCCCCCACCAGGAGGUGGCCACUCCAGCGCCUGCAAACAAGGAACCACCGGCCGCCACAGAGCCGCCUGUGGCACAGGUCACGCCCCCUGUGGCACAGGUCACGCCCCCUGUGGUCGCUCCCGUAGCCAGUGUUGAGAGCGUUGACCUGGGUAAAAUUGGCUCCAUCCUCAACAGUUUAAGCGCAGUCAUGAAGAACACAGGACCUCUGGUGGAGAGUCCUCCUGCCGCGGCUCCUGCUGCCACACCUGUGAUCUCUGUGGCCUCUCAGGAUGCCAGUUCACUGGUGAACCUCCUGUCCAAGGUGGACGUGAUUCCUGCAGAUCUCCUGGGAGCUCUGUCCAAAGUCCAGGGCAAAAGCAGCUUUGCGGGCAUCUCCUCGACUCUGAGCAGCCCAGCUGCAAGUGUCUCCUCAGCGUCCUCCAGUUCAGGCAAGAUUCCUCCUUCGUCCACAGCUGCAGUAGCAGCCCCCCCCCAGAGCCCGUCUCUCUCCUCUGUUGCACCCGUGCCUUCAACACCAAGCUCUUCUGUAAAACCAAGCACAAUCUCCCAAGCCCCCCCCCAGACUUCUAACCGAGCCUCCGCCCUGGUGCAGGCUCUCCAUAGAGACAUGGAUCUGACGACAGAGCCGGAGCCGUCCAAGUCCGCUUCGAGUUUAGAGUCUAAAAUCCACCGCUUCCUGCGAGGGAACUCUGCUUUCAGUGCAUUCGACUUGGGGUUCGCUGCGAAACCAGCAGGAGGUGACAACGUCAGCCCAGUAACCGGCACAGACACCCGGGGGGGGACUCCAGUGCGGGACGAGGGGGGAGGCACCCCCACUCAAGAUGAGGUCAUGGACAAGCCUGUGGUCCCGUUUCCCUCGAACUCAAAUCAGUUGAAAGUUGGUGAAACUGUUGAAACGGCUCCGGCUGCGAAUCAGAGCAGAACUCAGAAGAACCUCAGCAGCUCCCAGCAGCCGGCUCACUUCCAGCAGGGCGUGGCUCAGAACGGCCAGGCGUACCAGCAGCCCCCUGGUGGCCAACAGGAGAUGUCAGAUCAUGGGAUGACUGCAUCUGUAGCACAUUUCCAGCAGUUCUCUGCACCAACAGGAGGGCUGGUGCCUGGAGAGAGAGCCCCGGGCGGCCCCGCUGGCUCCCAGGCAGGCGGAGGCUUCCAGGGGAUGAACGACAGGAACUGGUACAGUGACACUUUCCCAGAGGGGGGCUCUCAGCCGCCCAGAGGGUUCAACGCAGCAGUGCCUGGGGGUCCCGGAGAAAAUAAGACAUCAGGACAUUAUCAGUACCAAACAGAACAGACUGGGGUACCUCCAGGGUUCGCUCCCCAGCAGGGGGCCACCAUGCCCCCUGGCUUCUUCAGAGGAAACCUCCCUCCUGUCCCACAGUUACCUCCGCCUCCUCGGGCCUACGACGCCCCCCCGCUCGUGACCAGCAGUCCGAUGAUUCACCCUGAACAUCAUCAUCAGGGGAUGAACCGCCAUGGGGACGGACCUGGGCCCCGACCGGACAGCACCUUCAGUGGCAUGGUGGUGCACGACCAUCAGCACAAGUCCAUGUUCCAUCCAGACGAGUCGGAGCUCGAGCGCCCCCCCCACCACCCUGAGGAUCCACACCACCACCACCACCAAGACAACAUGCACUACCAGGAGGAGCAGGAGUGGUAUCAGGACGACUCCCACCAUCAAGAUUUCAAUCACUUUCAGGAAGAGCCGUUCCACCACCAAGAGGAUCAGUACCACAGGCCCGGCAGCCCCCCCCACCACUACCCGAGAGGCCAAGGCAUCAACCCCCCACCCUCAGAAGACCCUUACUUUAGCCACGACUACCAGCGGCACAGCCCCCCUCCUCCUCCCCACUACCUUCCAAGAGGACCACCACCGCCUCGUCUCGGUCUACGACAUCCACACCGCCCACCCCACCCUGCACACCACCCC